UCCUCCCUUUGAGCCUUUUCCAUCAGUCCAACACAGGACUUUCUACCGGUCCUUCGCAACGUGCGGCACACACAGCAACCUUCUCCUGCUCCUCUACUCCAAACUGGAACGAGGGCUUCGUUUCUGCAUCUUCGGGAAUUAUGUCCGCGUUGUUGGAAGCUUCGGAUGGAAACGCAAAGGGGAUACAACCAAAAACUCUCUCGGGAACAUCCAGCAUGGAAAGGAGCGGAGAAAAUGGCGAGACCUCCCGGUGUAAAUCUUCUGAUUCCAGCGGUGAAGAGGAAGCAAGCACGGGCCAAAAGAAGCCUCGUAGGCAGAGGACCCAUUUCACCAGCCAGCAGCUGCAGGAGCUGGAGGCUACUUUCCAGAGAAAUCGCUACCCGGACAUGAGCACAAGGGAAGAGAUAGCAGGCUGGACCAACCUGACGGAGCCGAGGAUAAGGGUGUGGUUCAAGAACCGAAGAGCCAAGUGGCGGAAAAAGGAACGUCACCAGCAGCAGACAGAUCUUUGCAAAGGAGCCUUUGGAUCCCAGCUUAAUGGUUUGACCGGAAACCCUUAUGACGACCUUUACCCCACCUACGCCUAUAACACCUGGACUCCCAAGGGGCUACACAGCAGCCCGAUCCAUGGCAAAGGCUUCCAGCUCUUCAACUCCAUUAACCUCAAUUCUUUUGCACCCCAGAAUGUGUUCCCGGCAGCUGCAGGAGCUUCUCUAUCUGGAGUCCCAUCUCUGGAAAACUUCAACAGCCUGGCAAGUCCUCCUGGGCACUCGGGUUCAAUGUACGCGCCUGGCGCCCCUUCGCCCUACAUGUACAGGGACCCCUGCAACCCAAGCCUGGCUGGACUGAGACUCAGAGCAAAACAGCCCCAAUCUGCUCUCAAUUAUGGCGCUCCACAAAACACGGGCAUCGGCCCCGGCUCCAGCCAGUAUCAUCUGGACAGGCCAGUCUGACCCUCGGCUGUAGGUCAAAAGAUGGUCAGAAUUUGUACCCCAUUAAGAAUCUUGCCAGUGGCCUCCAUAAAAAUAA